ACCACCCUUCUCUACACUUUUUUUCAUUGCCAGACAUGGGUUCCAGAAGCCUUACUCUUUUGCUUUCUGUUUUGCUCAUAGUUUCAUGCAUGAGCUUUCAACAAGUGCUACAAGUGGAAGGUUGGAGAGAGAUACCGGUUCUUUGCACCCAUGAUGAGCAAUGCAAGCAAUAUUGCAAAGGGGAAUAUCGUUGCAUCAAUGGCUCUUGCAAUUGUGCUGAUGAAAUGCAAGUUCAACAGCAUGUUAAUGAAGCCCAUUCCCCAACUACUAUGCAUUAAUUAUGCAUAAAAUAUUUGAAACCCAAUAAGUUGUUGGUAUAAUAAAUGAAAUAUAAAUUUUCUUUUA